AUGGUCUUGGAUACAGAAACUCAAAUGUGGACGCCUGAGAUAAAAAAGCCUGACUUGGAGCUAGACUAUUUGUGGACUGAUUCUGUGGUGAUGAAGGGUAAGAUUUAUAAGAGAAAUGGAGAGAAUAGCUUUGUUUAUGAGCCAAAAGAAAGUACACUGGAAUUGGAGGAGGUGCUGAAUUCUAAGAAAUGGAAGAAUGCGUGUGUCGUUGAUGAUGUAUUGUACUAUUACGAUGAUAGCAAGAAAAAGUUAAGAGCGUAUGAUCCAAAGCAGAGAUGUUGGAGAGUUGUGAAAGGUGUGGAAGAAUUGAAGAAUAAGAUGACUGAUCAUUGGUGGGGCUGGUGGCCGAAGAUGGUGAGUUACGGUGGGAAAUUGGCUAUGAUCUUUGAGAAAUAUCAUGAUGCCCAGAAGGUAACGGUGGAUAUUUGGUGUGCGGAGAUUGCUUUGGAAAGAUGCCAAGAAGGAAAGAUUUGGGGCAAAGUAAAGUGGUGUGGUAUUGUGAUGGAGGAGAAGCGUUGUUGUUCUCGCAUUGUGAAAUGCUUAGCUGUUAUGGUUUGA